GGUUUUUUCUUCAUAGAAUUGAGUCAGUUGUCAACAGGCUCGGCGAGACAAGGAACAGUUGAAGAACUACUGAUAAAAACCCGCAUUUUGCCCACCGCGUUGGGGUGUUGCGGGGACGAAGAGGAGUCUUUUGGAUACUCCGUUUUGUUCGACGCAUACCGGAGGAGGAGAAAAAGUUUUCUUCCCACGAAUCCCCCCGAACAUGACGGCCAUGUGAAACUUGACUCUGCAGUGGGAAUAUGUACGUUCUCCGUCGGAUUGAAUGGCCCUGAGAAUACACGACGUAAAGCGGGAGCACUGCGAUGACCAGCCAGCCCCCUAGCCAUGCAGACAGCACUCACCCCACAGACGAGCAGCCACCCGCGUCGGCCCCCAAGCUCCAUGUCCAGCGAUCACCGUCCAAUCAGAACAUCACCAUUCACUUCUCAGCUCUUGGGAAGGAGGAAGAGGAGGAGGAGGAAGAGCUGUACACCACAUCGGUCUCGCGGGACGAGUCAAACAUCGUGACCGCUCUCGAGGCGAGCGAGGCAAUGUUUGAAGAAGCGGAGUCGGACGAACCGGCCGAGGUUGAUUCCUCUUCUGACGCUAACAACUCCAUGAAGACGUCACCGCCACAUCUUUCCGAACAAAAAGGCCCCAGCUCCAAUUCACCCCCCACCAAAUCCUUGAGCUUUCCCUCGGUUGACAAACCCUUCCUCAACAUGGUUAAAUCCUUCUCUUCGGACGUUGAGUGUAAAGAUGGAGUCCCCCUUUUUACUGCCCCCGCCGGAAAACAUAAACAUCUAAUGAAAUCGCUGGUAAAGUCCUUAUCUUCAGACACAUCUCAGGAUUCGACCUCCCGCCUUAAUCUGCAACUCUUCAAACAAUUCACUCAGUCUCGGUUGCAGACUGCGAGCACGUCAUCGGCUCCAAACGAUUCCAAAACAGCCCCCGCUACUCCGCUAAGCUCACCGGACAGCCGCAGCUUCUUCAAAGUCGCCGAGGUUGAGGCGCGAAUCGAAGACACCAAGCGCCGUCUCUCCGAGGCCAUCUACGAACCGCUUCAACUCCUGAGUAAGAUCAUGGACGAGAAGGGCGGCAACAGCGGCGGCCUCUAUCGACCGAAGGCUCUGUCGGCCAGCGCCACCGAGCUCUACAACCUAACGUCCGUCAACGGUCACCUGGAGAGCAACAACAACUACUGCAUCAAAGAGGAAGACGGCAAUGACGCGGAGGGCGAAAGCCCGAGUAGCGGCGCCUCCGGUCCAGCCGAAUCCCAUGCGGCGCUCGCUUUUGACACAAAGAGUCCCAGCAGAUCAUCGUCUUCUUUUCCCAUAUCUUUGGACAAGUGCUCCAUGUCUGCUCUCGCCAAACAGGAGGAUGAGGACUUCUGCAUUCUGUACAGCGACGACUUUGAAACGUGUGCUGACGGUAAACCCGGAACCGGCGACCCGACCGAAGUGCCUCUGAGUACAAGUCCUGAGCCGUGCAGCGAGGACGAAUGUGAAAGUAUCGUGCCGGCGCCAAGCGUUCCCCACUACACCCUUUCCAUCCUGACCAUUCUGGUCUAUGGGUAUUUUGUAUUGCCUAUGCCGGAGUACAUUGGAGGAAUGUUGCUGGGAGUGGCUUUGGGGUUCUUCGCAGCUAUCGGAGUCGUGUGGUUGACGGGGCCAAAACCUUCAGACCGGUUCUUCAGACUGUCCAAACGCCACGGAAAACGGUGGAAUCUUGCAAGGUUGGACAUUAGGGAACCAGAAAUCUUCAAGGGCUGGAUGAACGAGAUGAUCAACUACGACCCAGAAACCUACCACGCCACGCUGACCCACUCAGUGUUUGUCCGCUUGGAGGGCUCUGUCAUCCGUCUGUCCAAGCCCAACCACAACAUUGCACGGCGGGCCACACACAGCGAACCGAAACCCGACGUGACUUACGUCAGUCAGAAGAUUUAUGACUUAACCAACAGCAAAGUAUAUCUCGUGCCUCACGGCCUCGCCAGGAAGAGAAUAUGGAACAAAAAAUAUCCCAUCUGCAUCAGGCUCGGGAAACAGGACGACUUCAUAUCCAAGGCUGAAGGUGACGACGGCGAGGGCGUCGCGGCGAAGAACAAAGGCGAAGAAACUGGAGGGGCCUCAGAGUCGGUCCGGUCAACCUCUUCCUGUCGAGAAAUGACUCUUCAUCUGUUCGGAAGAACUGGGCGGGAGAAGGAGGAGUGGUUCCAAAGGUUGCUUUCAGCCUCGAAGCUCAAGGUGGAUUUGAAGAAGGUUGCGAGUCCUGUAGAGUCGAAAAGUGCUCAGCGCUGCCACAGUCGCAGCAACAGCCGUAGCAGUCUGGACGAUGCCGUGGCAUCACAGCCCAAGGCGAAGGACUCCCCGACAGCAGAGAGCGACAAAGCCAAGCUAUUGGACUAUCGUGUCUACAUGGCUUCCGUGUUGCCAAAACAAGAAGGGGUCGCCUCUCCUGUCGCCAACUCCGAGCUUCACAGUCCCCAGAGCAGCCCCGGAGCUGACAAAAAGUUUCAGAGUUCUAGCUCAGUACAGGAGCAGCUCAAGGAGGAGGAGGAUCCAGUGGCCUGGGUGAAUGCAGCGCUUGGUCGCGUCUUCUGGGAUUUCCUGCGCGAGCCUCAUUGGGCUGAAGUGGUCUCCAAGAAGAUUCAAAUGAAACUUAGCAAAAUACGAUUACCUUACUUCAUGAACGAGUUAACCCUGACGGAACUGGACAUGGGUGUGGCCACACCCAAGAUCCUUGGAGCAUCCAGACCCUCCAUCGACUACAAAGGUCUUUGGUUUGACUUGGACAUUUCUUACAGCGGGUCCUUCCUGAUGACCCUGGAAACCAAGAUGAACCUGAUUCGUCUGGGCAAGGAAGAAGAGAGCCUCCGUGUCGGGGAAGACGGAUUCAGACCACGGACGUACUGCCUGGCUGACAGCGAUGAGGAGUCGUCCAGUGCGGGCUCAUCAGACGAGGAAGACGCCUCUGAGCAAUCAAACGAAGCCACCGGAGCAGAAAGUGUGGUCGGAGGCCACAAACCCAGCAAGAUCAUGCGUUUCGUAGACAAGAUCGCCAAGUCCAAAUACUUCCAGAAAGCCACCGAGACGGAGUUCAUCAAAAAGAAACUGGAGGAGGUCUCCAAUACGCCGCUCCUCCUAACGGUGGAGUUGCAGGAAGUCAGAGGAACGCUUGCCGUCAAUAUACCGCCCCCGCCCACUGACAGGAUUUGGUACGGCUUCAGGAAGCCCCCACACCUGGAACUGAAGGCACGACCUAAACUGGGAGAAAGAGAAGUCACACUGGCUCCCGUCACUGACUGGAUAGAGAAAAAACUGGACCAGGAGUUUCAGAAAAUCUUUGUCAUGCCAAACAUGGAUGACGUGUGGCUGACCCUGAUGCAUUCGGCCAUGGACCAACGCACCGCUGGCGGACCGCUCGUUUGGCCCGCCGGGCACUCCGAGAGUGCUGGCGCCAGCUAGCCGCACAAAGAAUGUCGCUUUACAGUCUUGGAGUGUAGAAAUUAAUGAGAGAAAUACGACGAAACGAUGCCAAUCAGCCAACGUCAAAAAGGUAAAACGAACAAGGUCGUUGACGCCAGGAAACACGGACAAGAAAGUGGGACUCGCUGCUCUGUUCAUGUAGAAAUGUUGGUGUUUUUAUGUUUUUUUUUUUUUUUAUGUCGAUAUGACUUUUAGCGACGACGAAACGACGGAAACGCAGCGGCUCGGCGUUAUGAAGUACGUAUUGCGCUACGGGUAAGAGAAGCAUUCACCAGAGUACCUUAAAGGCCUGCAAAUACAACACCACGGUGUUGAGAGGUACGAGCUCAAGAUUGUCGAUAAUCAGUAUUCCGUAUUUGUGCUGUGACCACUAACUGAAGCCCACGUUAUGCCAACGAUGCCGUAUAUUCAUAUUUGUAUGGGAAUCAUUUACUAUGUACAUUCCAUACGUGUGUGUGUGUGUGUGUGUGAACACAACAAGUGCAAUGAUAAAAAUGCUGCAAUGACUAAUGAAUGAUUUGCUAGAACUGUUCUAGAAGUUUGUUGUCAAACUGAUGUGUCGAAUGUAUGUGUGGGUGUGGGUGUGGCUGUGACGUGACCGUAUGAAGAGUUUUGAUAGGGGGGGGGGUAUGCAAAUUCCUGCACAAAAGUAAGACUCCUCGUGUUUUUGUGAUGAAUACUGUGGAGUCUUAAACAUGAUAGGCAAUGUCGUCGAUUUUACUAUGUUGGACAGAUUGUGGCGUUGGACGUCAGACCCGACCACAUUAGGACGACUUUAAAGCAGAGGUCCCCAACCUAUUAUGUACUGUGUAAAACUCAAUUAAUACACCAAGAAAUAUGCACAUCAGCGCUCAAUAACGUCAUCAAAACGUACCUUUAUGCAGUCGCAGACCGACAGCAUUUUCCCGAUCAAAUAACGGCCCGUAUUUCCAAAUUGAUAUGCAUGUGAUGUAUUUUUUUUGUUUGGUUUUUUUAAUCUCAUUGCACCUGAAAGCUUCCCGUCGCCUGGUGGUUGGGACCCCCUGCUGACAGCUAGCUAAGCCUCUCCCCCUGCAAAGAGUGCACAGUUCCAGGAUUUGCCAGGACGCCUUUUUAACUGUCGUACUUACCAAAGUCCUUCCGUCGGGCAAACUGUGCCACUCCCCUCUCUCUCUCCCCGCUCAAAGGCACACAAUGGGGUAUUUUCCAAAUGCUACACUACAAUGUAUGAUUGUUUACAGCAGUUAAUACUGUUAUAAUGUGCUAUACAACACUGCAUCUUUCAUUUGAUGACUUUUCUCCAUGUGCCUUUUUUGUUAUUUUUUUUUUUUUACAUGGGAUGGCUGAUUUCUGGUAUUUUUUGUCCACUUUGAAAUAGAAAGGACAAGGAUUUUGAAGGCAUAUGAAGAUCAUCACGCCACGAGUCGUGUAAAUUAUGUUAUUAUAUUCACUAUUACUUUACUUUACAUCUAAAAUGUGCAAUUUUAAAAGCCAAAUUCAGUGAUGUAUCUGCCUUAUUUAUGGUCAAAAUAAAGCUCAAUAA